AUGGGACGCAUAGCAGUUGUUGAAGGCUGGUUCCGUCGCGAGUUCCUCAGCCCCAGACGGGCUAUUUUCAACUUCUUGUUCUACGGCAUCCAGUUCACUCUUUUUGGCGUCGGAUGGUAUCUUCAGGCAACAGAUAAUAAAUUGGCAGCGCUAAAUGGGCUCAAGUUCUCCGUUUGGAUCUCUAGGGGAGCUGGUCUUGUUCUGGCUUUCUGCGGCGGUAUGCUGCUGGUUCCCAUGUUGCGCAACAUUAUCCGUGUUGUUCGUCCCAAAUUGGCCUGGCUCUUUCCCGCCGACGAGAACAUAUGGUUCCAUAGACAAGUCGCGUAUUGCAUGGCGUUCUGGAGCAUGGUUCAUACUUCGGCGCAUUAUGUGAACUUCUUCAACGUUGAGCGCACGCAGGUUCGACAGGAGAUCGCCCUGGACAUUCAUUACACUCAAGCAGGCGGCAUAACGGGUCACUUCAUGCUUCUGAUCAUGCUUCUGAUCUAUACCACCGCUCAUCACAAAGUCCGCCAUCAGUGCUUUGAAGCGUUCUGGUACACGCACCACCUUGCCUUUUUCUUUUUCAUCGGCCUUUACUCGCAUGCGACCGGGUGUUUUGUUCGUGACACCACCGACCCCGCCUAUACGGAUACAUUCCCAUUCUACAAUCCGGAGUUCUGUCUUGGAUACGAGAGCUGGCGUGUCACUAUAUGGCCGGGCAUCAUCUACUUUGCUGAACGGAUGUGGCGAGAGAUCAGGGCUCGGAGGACCACUCGUUUGUCGAAGGUCCUCGUGCACCCUAGUGGUGCCAUGGAGUUGCGUAUCGUGAAGCCUAGCUUCAAGUAUGUUGCUGGCCAGUGGCUGUUCAUUCAGGUUCCAGAUGUGUCUAGUUGGCAGUGGCAUCCGUUUACUAUCACCUCUGCACCUGAAGAUCCCUAUGUCUCUGUGCACAUUCGUCAGGUGGGUGAUUGGACUAAUGCGUUGGGUGAACGUGUAGGAGCAGGCCCUGAGGUUGUGGCGAUGAUGACACGGACUGCUAUGAAAGGCAGUGAGAAAGACGACAGCGUCUACGGUACCCGUGGCGACUACGUAGAGCUCGACUCCAGUGCUAUGUCACGCCCAUUGCCGACUGUUAGGAUUGACGGUCCGUACGGUGCCCCGGCUGAGGAUGUCUUCAGCAAUGAAGUUGUGGUGCUCAUUGGUGCUGGAAUUGGUGUAACGCCUUUUGCUUCAAUUCUAAAGCACAUUUGGCACCGUCAGAAGAAGGGCACUCUUCAGUCUUUGAGACGUGUUGAAUUUUUCUGGAUCUGCCGGGAUGCCCCUUCGUUCGGAUGGUUCCAAAUUCUCUUGCAGGAAGUCGAGGCUGCUCAAGUUGAUCCCAACUUUCUCCGCAUCAACAUCUAUCUGACGCAGAAGAUAAACGAGGACAUGCUCUGGAAUAUAGCCGUCAACGAUGCGGGUGCCGACUACGACCCGCUCACUUUGCUCCGUACGCGCACAAUGUUCGGCCGCCCGGACUGGAAAAGUGUCUAUGGGCGCAUGCGUCAAGCAAUUGAGAUCGGACAGUAUCUCCCUGGUAGCCAGUCGCAGCUCAAGACGAAAGUUGGAACUUACUACUGCGGUCCUGGCGUCAUCGCAACGGCUAUCAAGGAGGCUUGCAAGGCCAACUCCACGCCGAACAUCACUUUCAAUUUUGCGAAGGAGCAUUUCUAA